AUGUCUGAACUGAUACAAUUACAAGAAGGACAAAAAGUAGGCUCUUGGACGAUCACGAAGAAACUCGGUGAAGGAGGUUUCGGAGCAGUAUAUUUAUGUAAAGGCAAAGAUGAUGAACUAAACGCACUUAAGGUGGAAUCUGAAAACGAUCCACACGGACUGCUUAGAAUGGAAGUGUACGUACUAAUGGAAUUGAAAAAGACAAAAUUUCAAGCGCGACACUUUCUUGGCUUAAAAGACCGAGGUAAUGUACCAGGUAAAUUCAACUAUGUGGUGAUGACAUUGGUUGGAAAGAGUUUACAGGAAUUACGAAAUGAGGCACCAAUGAAGAAGUUCUCAAUGGGGACAGCAAUUUCUGUAGGGCGACAAUGUCUGGAAGCACUUGAAGACUUGCAUAAUGUCGGCAUUCUUCAUCGAGACAUCAAGCCCGGCAAUUACACUAUUGGACGGAAAGAGCUCAACGAGCUCAGAAAGGUCUACAUGCUUGACUUUGGAAUGGCACGAAAAUUUGUGAAAGAAGACGGCACAUUAAGAAACCCUCGAGCGCGUGCUGGAUUUCGUGGUACUGUAAAAUAUGCCCCGUUAGCUUGUCAUGUGCAUCGAGAGCAGUGUCGUAAGGAUGAUAUUGAGAGCUGGAUGUACAUGCUGGUCGAAAUCACAUGCGGUCGACUACCGUGGAGGAACCUUACGGAAUCGAAUGAUGUCGGGUUGUUUAAGAAAGACUGUAAAGGUGAACGUUAUCGAUGUCUUUUUGGCGGAUGUCCACGCGAAUACACGGAAAUAUUCCCGAUUCUCGAUAAAGGCAAAUUUUUCGACGCUCCUGACUAUCCCGCUAUCUAUAAGCUACUUGAAUUAGCGUUACAAAGUACACGAGCACAAGAGUUUCCAUACGAUUGGGAGAUGUAA